AUGACGCAGUCGGUUCAAGAUGACGCGCUUUUUUUGGGUCUCGAUUGCUCGACACAGAGUAUGUCGUCUGUGAUUGUAAAUGCUCUCGGUCAGGUGGUCUAUGAGAGCUCUUUCCGCUUUGACGAGCAGUUUCCUCAUUAUAACACGAAAAAUGGAGUGCUACGACUGACAGAGAACCAAGUGGUUGUUCCAUCAUUCAUGUUGGUCGAAUCACUUGACGUUAUCAUGGAUGCCCUGGCCAAGAGCUCAAUUGAUUUGGCCAAGAUCAAGAGCAUUAGUGGCAGUGCGCAGCAGCAUGCGUCUGUAUAUUGGAACAAAGAUUUCUCACUACGUCGGUGUUUGGAUGCAGCUGCAGAGUCGAAUGCCAAUUCGAUCGUAGAGGCCAUGAAAAAGCAGCAACAACCUGUUUUCUGUCUACUCAACGGCCCCAGCUGGAUGGACAGUUCAACGACACGCUACUGCAGAGAGUUGGAAGCUGCGGUUGGUGGACCGGAUCGUGUCGCUGAGAUCAGCGGAUCCCGAGCCUACGAACGCUUUACGGGCAACCAAAUCGCCAAGCGGAUUCAAGAGGAUCCAGCCUUUCUGGAAACUUGUGGACGUAUCACUCUCGUGUCGGCGAUGCUAACGUCGCUGCUGUGUGGAACCUACACUCCAAUUGACGACAGUGAUGGAUCGGGGAUGAACCUUCUUGACCUGCGUAAACGGGUGUGGUCUCCUGAGCUCGUGAAGGCGACUUGUAUAUACAGCAACUCGGUUAAUGCCUCGGAGAAGCUAGAGGCAGCGUUGGGCUCUCAGGUUGUACGAGCGUACUCGCUAGCGGGUCAUAUCCACGUCUAUUUCCAAAAGAAAUAUGGUUUCGCUGCCGAUUGCAAAGUGAUCCCAUUCUCCGGUGACAAUCCGUGCACGCUCGCAGGUAUCGGUCUCUCGCAGCUUGAUGAUGUGGGCGUAUCUCUGGGCACCUCCAGCACGCUGUUUGCGGUGGUACCUACAGAAGCUGCACACUUUAACGGUAAGGAAGGCCACUUCUUCUGCAACCCCAUCGACCCGAGCUCAUUCAUGGCCAUGAUCUGCUUCAAAAACGGCUCGCUUGCACGCCAACAAGUCCGAGACCGUCGUGCAGGUGCAUCGUGGGAGAAGUUUGAGGAAUUGAUGCAAGCCACGAAGGCGGGCAACGGAGACAUCACGGCGUUUUACUACAAAGAACCGGAAAUCACUCCGUCGACUCUCAAGGCAGGAAUCGUCGGCUUUGAUGCCAGUGGUGCUCGCACAGACAUGUCUGUAUUGCCGCCGGAAGUGGAAGUUCGUGCAGUGGUGGAAAGCCAAUUUCUGGCCAUGCGUCUGCACGCAAAGCGGCUCGGCGUGAGCAACCCCAAGCGUCUUAUUGUGCUUGGUGGGGCAUCAGCAAACAAAUGCAUGCUCCAGGUACUCGCAAAUGUCUUCAAUGCGCCAGUGUACCGCCUUACAUGCGCCUCCAACACGGCUGCUUUAGGUGGCGCCUUCCGUGCUCGUCACGGAUUUGCUUGUGCUAAUAGCACGUCCGGAUACGAGCCAUUCGAUGUAAGUGACAGCCUCGACUUUUCAUUGAGUGCCAGUCCCAUUGACGAAGACGCUAAGACGUAUACGCACAAGAUCUCUCGCUUUGAAUCCUUGGAGAACCAAGCUGUUAGUCUGUUGAGCUAA